UCCCCCACGUGGAGGGACCGAGGCGCCAUGGCGGCCGCUCCGGCCCGGGUGCUGCUGGGGCUGCGCGACGCCGCCGUCCCGCCGGGCAGCGAGGGUCUCCCGUCGCAGGGCACCGCCAGCAAGCUGGGCGGGUCUCCGGAUUGGAGGCUCUCGGUCCCUGUGAUCCACCUAUCCUGUGAGGUUUGCUGUGCUGGUUUGCUGCACGUGGUGCAAAUCUAUUGUCCCCUUCAAGGCUCCCAGUACCACCGGGUCAUCAAUGUAUUUGCUUGUGCCAGGAAAAGCUGCUGGGGGAAUUCUGAAAGCUGGAAGGUGUUACGAUCCCAGUAUUUGCAAAUCCCAAGAAAAGAAAUACAAGACUGCACACAGAAGCAGGAGCAAGAACGGACACAAGCAGUCACCGACUGGUGCAAUGGAGCAGAUGAUUGGGGAGAAAACGGUGAAGAGGCACCUUCUGAGCUGUCUGCGACUUUCCACUCUUUCCCUAGAGAAACACAAUGUGCAGCUCUAUUGCAGAGAAUGAGCCUGGGAAAGAACACGGGGGAUUUUCCUGACAUGACUCAGGAAGAGCCAAUCAAGCCCUCCAGCUGUGCCCAGGAGUUCCAGCCCUACUACAUCAGUGUAGUGGAGGAAGAAGACUAUCUCUGUUGGGAGGACUUGGAAGAUGCUCAGAGGCUUCUAAAGGAGUAUCAGCAGAGGGAGGAUGUGGAUUUGGAACACUUGAUGUCAGCAAGUUAUGCCCCUGAUGGUUCUGGUGAGAAGUAUGAGAAGAGUGAAGCUGAAAAGAGAAACCAGAUAUUCUACAAAUUCAUGAAAAGAAUUUCCUCCUGCCAGGAACAGAUCUUAAGGUAGGUUAGGCCCAUUUAUUUUGUUUCUGUCUAAUAAAAACCGAUUGUGUU